AUACACGUACAUGUAUAAUAAAGAACUACUCGGAUACACACACAAGCAUGCGUUGUGAGGGAAUUUACCAUCGAUGCAUUCGGUAGAGGGGCAGCACCGAGUUCACAGGCCUAACGUAGAGAACCCGAAGUGAAUCGUCGAAAAGUUGUGGAGUUUGGGUCCAUAUUAGUGGUGAUAUUUACCCGUUUUCGCCCAUAUUUCGAGAUCCCAUCUCCACUGGGUUUGUAGGUCCUGUUCGUCUGCUGUACCCCGUCGUGUCAAGUCAUCCAAAAUCACCGAUUCCCCCUUCCUAUUUUGCCUUUAGAAGUUGAAGAACAUCACAUCAAACUCGAUCAAAACUCAAAAAGUAACUUCGGCUCUCGUGCACCGCAAAACGAGCUUGUGGAACGAUCAUGGAAAACUUGUUCUGCUUCGAACAAGAAUAUUUUGACCAUGCUAAAUCACCUAUGUCAUACGUGGACCAAGUCUUAUUGCGAGAUAAAAAUUUGGACAACUUAUUAGCAGUCGAAGAACAAUAUGUGUUGUCGGCGGACUAUUUUGGUAACCACUUCCAACGAGAGCUGAGACCAUCGAUGAGAAAACUUGUGGUGGACUGGAUGUUUGAAGUUUGCGAAGAACAACAAAGAGAGGAGGAUGUGUUCCCACUUUCAGUCAAUUAUCUGGACAGAUUCCUCUCGAUGGAGAGAAUAUCACGGGACAGGUUCCAACUCUUAGGCGCCACCUGUAUGUUUCUUGCUUCAAAACUCCUAGAAACAAUUCCCCUAACGUCAGAAAAACUUAUCAUCUACACAGACAAUAGCAUCACAUUGGAGCAACUUCUCAAAUUUGAACAGCUAGUAUUAACCAAGUUAAAAUGGGAUCUAAUGGCAAUCACUCCAAAUGCAUUUCUUGAGCACAUACUCCACCGGCUACCCGUCGACAAGGAGCAGGCAACGUUGCUAAGGAAACAUGCCCAAACCUUUAUCGUGCUGUGCGCGACAGAUUAUAAUUUUGCAAUGCAACCCCCUUCGUUGAUCGCUGCCAGUGGUGUAGCAGCGGCAGCAAACGGACUUAGAAUGCAAAUCCCUAAACUAAUGGAUCUCCUUCAUAGAAUAACCAAAAUUGAAACCUUGACCAUACUUAUGAAGUAAACCAUGCUGGAAGCGUACCAAGACGUCAAGAGCUGAAGCUGCUUGAUGUCUUGCCAAAACUCGGACUAAGAGGAAUUUAAAUUGAUGCGAAGAACAAUAGCAAAUAACGAUCACCUUAACAUGGUACGAGAUCUAAUGGAAAACCUACUAAGUAAGAAUCUAGGAACAAGUGCUUCUAACAAGUCCGCAGAACAUCCCUCGGUCUCAAAGACAAGAACCAUGAGCGAGAGCGACAAACCAAGCACACCAACCGGCGUAGACGAGGUAGAAAUCAUCUGUUGACAGAAGAACUUACCCUGCGUCCAUUGAGACAGUUUGCUGAAUAUAAACGAUAGCGCGUAGCAUCCUUGAUGAAACGCUGAUGUGGAUGUUACGUUCGAGGUUACCGUUCGUUCGUUAAACGGAGAGCGGGAAAUGCGUGACGCUCGGACACAACGAAAAAGUGCAAAGUUAUGGUUGCUGUGAUGUUGGCUGUUGUUUCCACCAGCGACAGAGUCGUCGAAGGAUCAACUAGUCGCACCAACAAAAAAAUAAAUAAAAAUGGAAACGGGUACCAGAGAAUGUUGUAGAGUGUGCAGUGUCUUAUCUCCGUUCUUUGGAAGAUAGAAACGGAUAAAUGCCAUCGUAGUUCUACCUCAAAGACUGUUAGAUGACCAGAACCCACAAGUGCCGACUCUCGAUCACAUCUCGCCUAUGAGAUCAAGUUCCGAUAUCUAGGCAGAUCAGCGCCCCCUGUAAGAUCAUUUCAAGAAGUAUGACAGAAUGGACUGGGGUUUGAAGCUCAUUUCGGGAAGUACAGCCGAAGGGAAAGGGACUGCUCUUCACAGCGACGUCUUGGGUUUAUCUUUUGGAGAUGAGACACAGAUUCGCCUCUAAUCGAAGGAGGGUAGUUAUAAAACAAACAAGGCAGCUGACUAUACACAUUUUAUUCUGUAACUACUCUCUUACAAAUUCAACAUUUGAAGAAGAAGAAAAAACAUUUUUUAUUAUCAUAAACAGUAUCUGCAAUAAACAUUUGUGCCUUCUAAGACACCAUCAACAGGCCAAAAUUUGAUGUCUUGGAUAAUCGUUAUCCAAGGUGAAUAUUUCAGUUCUUGAAAUUUGGCUGUCACCGUAUGUGCCUUAUUUUGUAUUUGAAGUAGGAUUAGAUGAAAUGUAGUCAAAUGUACAUCAGACAUGCUCUACGGAUCAGAUUAAUCGUUUACUCGGUUGAAUUUUCUAUGAAACGUUUGUCUGUGGAUAAUUUCGUGACUCGGUAAACAAUCAGGCUCGUGGCUGAGAGCACUGUCAGACAUAUUGGGUACUAAAUUUUAAAAAUUUGUCACUCAUCAAUGUUACUUUGUUGCAAAUUGGCAACAUGUAGUCCGAUAGCCCUUAUAUUGGCUCUAAAAGAUCGUGGUAGUUAAAGUGCAUAAUAUUAAUAACUACCAAUAUAUGACUGGUUCAUGAUGAAUAUGUUGCUGUUAUCUCGCGAUCAAAUGCCACAAAUAUAUUAUUUUUCGCAAGGUAACGAUAGGUUAUUUAAAUUGUUCUUCUUAGUGGAAAAAGAGCUGAAUUCACUUAUUGUUUAUUCUCUUUAAAUUAUAAUUUUGUUUAUCACUUUAUUCAUUUUCCUGUUUUAUUUGUGUGUGUGCGUGGAGAAUGCUUGUGUUUGAUGGGCCGAUUUUGAAGACUUAUUUUUAAGUUUAUUGCAAAUAUGUAUUUAAAAAUGCAGCUCUUUUGGAGUGUUGGUACUUUUUUUUUUCAUUAAUUUUUUUCCCAUUAUUUCUGCAUUUUGCAUGAUGCAGUUCUCAAAAGACAAUGUGAAAAUAUGUAGUUCAUGUGCCAUAAAAUUAUGAACAGAUAAAGACAGUUAAGAAAUUUGUACAUGAAGUGCCUUGAUGUAUUUUAAUUUUUUUUACCAAAGGAAGAGAGGGGGCUAUAGAAUCAAUGAAAUUGCAUUUCCAUGUACUGAUCUUGAAAGAAUUCUUGAUUUUUUUGUGUGUCGCUGGCCCGAAAUAUUUUUCAAUCAUUCCGAGAUGUGAGAAUUCCAGAAUUAGUACCCAGAUUUCCAAGUUCUAAUGAAAUUAAUACCAUUCCGAUUGAUCAUUCCAAAGAAAAGAAGAAAAAUAAUCACAUGGACGUAUAUGUGGCUAGCCGGAAGGAGGAAAUGAAAAUGUGUUAGAUUUUAUUAUGUACAGGCAUUAAAAUGUCAAAAUUUAAAACUUUUUGAUCAUAAAGUUCAAAUUUUAAGGAAUGUUGGGUGUUUUUUAUAUACACUGUUUCAAAUAAUGUUGUCAAAAUGUUACUGUUUUUUUCUUCUUCUGAUUAGGUAUAGAAAGAAUUGACAAUUUUGUCUUUGCAAUUAUGAUGUUAUGAAAAUGUUAAUUGAUGUUUACAGAGCUUGCCCACAUAUUUUCACGUUCAUGAUGAUACGACAUCGUGAAUUAGACGAGUGUUUUGGAGUAGGACUCAGAAGGAAAAAAAAUUCCUACUCAGAGUGUCUGAAUUAUGUUCCACUAUAGUCAAUAGAUUGUAUUAUAUCUGCCUCUCGUGCCAGAAUCAAUUUGGAAACUCAUUCUGUUCAUAAGCAGUACUUCCAAUCAGAGUUAUGUACAAUCACACGUUCCUUCCAUUUUUUAAACUUGACCAUUUAUAUAGAAAAAAAGAAAAAAAAUAGUACUAGUUGAUUAAAAAAAAGUUAUGUGGUGUUUUUUUGCAAGAAUAUAUCCAUUUUGGUGUGUUAACCUUGUAAGAUUUUUUACAUUUAUAUAACUCAAUUGGAAUACAAUUUUUUAAUUGAUUUGUACGAUAAAGUUCUUCCAUUACUCUCUUUUUUAAGCUAGAAGAGAAAUUAUAGUUAGUGUCUGAAUUUUGAGACUAGAUGGGAAUUUGCGGAACACGUUUGAUUGCGUUUGUUAAACUGAGUAUAAAGUUAUAUGAAAGAGUGAGUGAGUGAAACAAUCGAACAAAUUAUAGUGAGUUUGCUGUGCCCUUUAUCAAUAAAAAUAUAUUAUUCCCCCCCUUAAGAAGUGUUAAAUCUACGGCAUUAAUGAUGUGAGUUUUGGUUUUGUAAUCCAUUUUUUUUUCUUGUGAAAUGUUCCUUCUGUGUCUCAUUGUCUUCAUGUGUGUCUUGUUCCCUCACUCUUUUUUUUUUUUUAUAUAUUCCAACUUUUUCUGGACUUUGGAAAUUUUGUGAGGGGUUGUCGAACGAAACAGUAAGAAACAGAUUAUAUUGCAGACAAACAGGAGUACUUAACUACAUGAUAUAUAUUAUAUUGUGCACUAAAAAUGCAAAUCUUUGUUAUCAGUAUAAUGUUUAAUUUAAGCCAUGUUUAUGACGAUCUAUCCUGUAUGAAGUAUAUGUUGCAUUGUAAACCCUAUUAAUUAGUGUUAAUUGAAAAUGUUGAAUUAUUAAUGUUAAAUCCUUACAAAUGUGUUGAUAAAUUCAUUGACAUUUUUCUCAAAUUAGAACUCCAUGUUAUGUUGUGGAGGCAAUUAUUGCAAAUUUUUAUCAGAUGUACGCUGUAUAUUCUCUGCGGUGUUUACAUCAGUUUAUAGAGCUUUAAUGAUAUACCUUGAUUAUGUUAUUCCAGAGAUAGCAAUGAACACCCGUUUUCAACUUAUCACAAAAUUUUCCAUUAUCAACUUAUUUAAAAAAUUUCUUCAAGACUUCGCUAUUUCUUGUGUAACUUUGUGCACAUUCUUUGUGUCUUCUUCUCCACCUUAUUAUCAAUUGAACAGCGCUUCUUCUUUUUUUUCAGUCCGUGUUUUCUUAUAACAUUUCUUACCCAUUUUCGAUGCUUAAAGUUGAAGUGCAGUUUACAUAUGGGUGAUAUACAAUAAAAAUUUAUACCUUUUGAUAGCAUCUAAACGUAUUGCAAUCUAAAACACAACAAGCUGAAUUUCACAGGGGUUAGGGAGUUAUUAUUGUUACAUAUUUUUAGGUGUUAUCUUCAGUUUCCCUGUGAAGUUUAGCUUUUUGUGUUUUGGAUGCAUAGUUGCUAUAGUGUGGAGAGCUGUGAUAUAUUAAUAAUUGGUAUUAUUAUUAUUAUUUGUGAGAGUCCUUCUGAGUGAAAAUGAAAAAAUAAAACAGAGUAAACCAGAA